GCCGCUCAUCUCCAGCCCUCACCCCGCCGGGGUCUCGCGUCUUUCCGCUUCCGGACCAAGUUUCCUGCUUCAGCUACAGCGGCUGCUCAAAGGCGGAGCCAGCGCGCCUGGCAAUCCGCGGGCUGCGCUGAUUACACCGGCACAGCGCGCCUGGCCCCUGCCGGCCAGGAUACUUCAUUGGCACGGCCCGCUCCUUGCACAAGGGCUGCUAAAGUGUGACAAAGCGCUCCGGUAGCGGGGACAAUCUGCUCAGGACAGGACUAAAUACUUUGUUUGAAGCUUGUCCUCUGUGCCCGUUUGUAAUCCUCUUUCUAAGCCCCCAGCCCCCUUCUCUCCUUUACUCCCUUCAACCUGUGUCAAGGCCCCAUCCUCUCACCCCUACCUGUCAGGGCAGAUUGGAUCACCCAGUGUUGAGAUGCAGCUACUUCUACAGUGGCACAUGGCAGCUUGACUAUCAUGCAAUAACAUCACAUCUCUACUUAGGGCAGGCAGUGAAGGUGAACGCUUGAUGCGGCUGAAACGGCAGCGGGACUAUCUAUAGCCAGAAUGCAGGUAUGUGAGUUGAAAUAGGACAAAGAGUUUAAAGACAUCCUUCCUCGCCCUCUUACUGAAAGUGCCAUGGAACAAUGAAUGACCAUCCAUGGUCAUGAUCUUGGUGUUGUCUCAUCUAAAAGCAGCAGAGAAGGAUUCUUUCUUCUAGAGGAAGGACCAUGACAUAUGGUGGGAGCGGAGCAAGAAGAGUUGGGGUAGCUAAUGGAAGGGUCUUUAUGGUGGGGGAAGGUUAAAAGCCUGGGGGCAAAGUUUCUAUGGGUUUAGGCUGUAAUUUUGCCUUAAUGCUUUUCUACAAGUUUUACUGUGAUCUACAGCUAGACUGAGUGAAAGAAGAAAGUGAGCAUGAUGGAAACCUGGAGAAAGUUAGGUAAGUAGUUAAGUGUGAGAACCCAUUACUUAGGACACACACACACACACACACAAGGUAGGGAUGGGAGUAUUAGUUUGAUUGGGGGGGAGAGGGAAAUACUUUUUGCUGUAGGAUCAUGUCUUUAAAACUGGUGAAAUAAGUUUUAAUGUGAUUUUAGCUUAAAUUAAUUCAUACCUGGACAAAGUAGGGAAUAAAGGGCAGUCUGCUUUUGACAGAAUAAGGACUAUAUUAAACGAGGACUAUUAGAUGUGACUAGAAGAAUCCUCUAUAUAAUAUAACAAGGCCAUUUACUGAAACUUCCCAUAGAAGACAAAGAAAGAGAGAGACCUUAUCAUUUAUGCAUUCAUUAGCUACAGAAUUUUGUGGGACUUGGGUUUUUGUUUGUUUUUUAAGAAGAAAGCAGCUCAAAGAGGUCACAGGUUCAAGAAAGGGUAAAGAAUUAAGAUAAUACAGGUCAGAAAGCAGCAGAAACAGGACUCUGGCAGAGGGAGAAAAAAUCAGAAGAAGAGAAACUGUGAAAGUAAAGAUGGGAGGUGAAGGAAAAGCUGCAGCCCAAUGGCCCAGCAAAAUUAGAUUGUACUUAACUACACAGAUAAAUGCAAAGUGAAAAAACCUAGUCUAGGAAACACAAAUUCCUCCCGAAGUCUAGUUAGCAAGAGCUGAGAACUGGUAAAUCAGCCCUUUAGAGAAUUACCCUUUUGGUGGAGAAGAAGACAUCUCUGCACCCCAAGAGGAUUAUUCGGACACCUUAUUGUUGUCCAUGGAUUCCUGCUGGUUCCAAUGACCAAAUCCAACCGUGGAAUUGUUUGAAAAUACAUGAGGACCAGAACAAACCAUGAAGAGAGACUGAACAUACAUCGAGAAGGAGAAGAGAAGCAGAUAACCCUGUGUCUCCAGCCACCUGCCAUACGUCUUCUGCCAGUUACGCACACCUGCAAAGGGGGUUUUUCCUCUGUGGUGGCUCUGGGGGCCAGCAUCAUCUGUAACAAGAUCCCGGGUUUAGCUCCUAGACAGAGGGCAAUCUGUCAGAGCAGACCCGAUGCUAUCAUAGUGAUCGGAGAAGGGUCUCAAAUGGGAAUCAACGAAUGUCAAUUUCAAUUCCGAAAUGGACGCUGGAAUUGCUCUGCCUUGGGGGAAAGGACGGUCUUUGGAAAAGAGCUGAAAGUGGGUAGCAGAGAAGCAGCAUUCACAUAUGCCAUCAUUGCCGCUGGAGUAGCACAUGCGAUCACUGCUGCCUGUACCCAGGGAAACCUAAGCGACUGUGGCUGUGAUAAAGAAAAACAGGGACAGUACCAUAAAGACGAAGGAUGGAAAUGGGGAGGUUGUUCUGCUGACAUCAGAUAUGGAAUAGGAUUCGCCAAAGUGUUUGUGGAUGCAAGGGAGAUUAAACAGAAUGCAAGGACUCUCAUGAACUUGCACAACAACGAGGCAGGACGUAAGAUUCUUGAAGAAAACAUGAAAUUAGAGUGCAAGUGCCAUGGAGUUUCAGGAUCUUGUACUACUAAGACAUGCUGGACAACCCUUCCUAAAUUCCGGGAGCUGGGCUACAUCCUUAAGGACAAAUACAAUGAAGCAGUUCAGGUUGAACCGGUGAGGGCAAGUCGCAACAAGCGUCCAACCUUCCUUAAAAUAAAGAAGCCACUGUCCUACCGCAAACCCAUGGAUACAGAUUUAGUGUACAUAGAAAAAUCUCCAAAUUACUGUGAAGAAGAUCCUGUCACUGGCAGUGUGGGAACACAGGGCAGAAUGUGCAACAAAACAGCCCAGCAGACCAAUGGCUGUGAUCUGAUGUGUUGUGGUCGAGGUUACAAUACACACCAGUACUCACGAGUGUGGCAGUGCAACUGUAAAUUCCAUUGGUGCUGCUAUGUAAAGUGUAAUACGUGCAGUGAAAGAACAGAAGUGUACACCUGUAAAUGAAAGUGUGGCUGGGGAAGGUGACUCUAGAUCCCUAGGAAUGAAUACAUUUGCACAUGAGCUCAACACAACUACUCAAGACUGUAGCAAAGACCUGCUUUCUUCCAAAAGAAAAGCUAAUGAACGGAUCUGUCUUUUCCUCUCAUGUUUCAGUACUUAUGUGGAUACACAUUAAAGACUUGUAUAAAUUAUCCAAAAAAACAAAACAAAACAAAAAACCAAGCCACUUGACACAUAAAACAGAGGAAAAAAAUCAUCUAAACUAAUCUGCACCUCCAAAGCUUAAUGCAAUGACUGCCUUAUGAAAAGAACACCCAGUCAAGUGAAAAAAAUCUGAGAGCUUGGCAACUGACUCUUUUGGUUUGGAAAAAGUUGGUUAAAUACACAAGCUACUGUGCAUAAG